GUCAAAGUUGUCACCCAACAUGGCGGAACAGGGCAGUUUUUAGGUCGUUCUUUUCUCGAAUCACUAUGUUUUUUUCACCGAAUUUCCCGACACAUCAGCUAAUUUGAAUACAUAUAAACAAAUAAGCUUCAUUUAAUCUGUACCUGCAAUACUUGAAGCAUUUGCGGUAUAUUUUAUCGCGCCUUGGAUAGCCUCACGCCGCGCCGCGCCGUUUUGACAACAACAAACCGACGUUCGAACCUCCGAUCCAGGAUGGCUGUAGCUGCGGCCUCACCAGAUAUUUGUCAGGAUCUUGGCAACAAAAACUCUGUUCCGGGGGAGCCGGCUGCACAGGAGCAAACUAGCCUAGAUAUUGACAUCGCCAACGUGGUGUGCAGCUUCAGGGCGAGGUGCCACCUCAACCUGAGGAUGAUAGCUUUAAACGGGGCCAACGUUAUCUACAAAAGGGAGCUGGGGAAAGUCACAAUGAAGCUGAGAAGACCAUACUGCACAGCUAACAUCUGGUCAUCAGGCAAGAUUGUGUGCACAGGAGCCAGAAGUGAAGAUGAUGCUAAAAAAGGUGCGAGAAGAUGUGCAAGAGCCUUACAAAACAUGGGAUUCCAGGUGCACUUCAGUGAGUUCAAGGUGGUGAAUGUGUUGGGGAUAUGUGCCAUGCCCUUCACCAUCAAAAUCACCCUGUUUUCCAAACAGCACAAGGAAAAUGCAAGCUAUGAGCCGGAGCUCCACCCAGGAGUGACCUACAAGUUAAGGAACCCCAAAGCUGUGAUGAAGAUUUUCUCUACAGGGAGUAUUACAUGCACAGCACCCUGCGUGGCUAAUAUCCAAAGAGCUAUAGAACACAUCUAUCCAUUGGUUUAUGAGUUCCGAGGAGAUGAUGUGGUACGGGGUCCACGGAGGGGCAACGCUGGGGAGGAGGACAUAGAUGAUAGUGAAGAUGAGGAAGACAGUGAGGAUGAUGAGGAUGAUGAUGCCUGAUGCCCCACUGAACCAUCUACUGACACAGUCCCACUCUCUAAUGUGGGUCACAUUUAUCAAUAUGGACCAGUCUAUAAUAAUAGAAAGGUGUAACUACAGUAAGUUAGCAACAGAUGUCUCCAUACAGUGUAAGAUGAUAGUCAUAUGUGUUUUCAUGUCUUAGUGUCUUAACUGUAAAUACAUUGUAAUGGGUAAAAGGUCAUCAUCCUUAGAAUUGCAGUAGCAGCAAAAAUGGAAGUCCAGGUAACAGCCCUGCCAUCUCGGUUCAGAUAUUGUAUAUUCAUUGAAUCAUUGAGUUGCAUCUGCAACAGUUUAUACAUUGAAUGGUAUCUUACAUAUAGUAUAUGCAUGUAGAGUGAUAGCAGCACUGCAAAGUUACAUUUUUCAUUGAACUGAGUCCUUCUUUGGGGAUAUUGGAAUGAGCCUUUCCCAUCGUCAGUUCAUACACCUUGUAACUUUUUCUACAUGUACACAAUGUAACAUCAGUUCAGCAAAAAUGGAGCACCAUUUUGAUAAAGAUGUUAAAGCACAACUGGCUUGCCCCUCUCAGGCAACAAGUCUUCACUACACCUGCAUCAUACAAAAGUUUGGCUUUGGCAGAUUACAGUGAUAGCAUUGCACCACUUUAGUUGGUUUCCCCAUGUAUUGUUUAAAUAACAAAUAUUAUUUGAGAGUGUUUGUUAUCUAUAUUGUACUCCAAACACUUUACCCACCCCAUGAUUAUGUGCUAAAGGAUAGUAUUACUUUGCUGUUUGUUGCCACAUGUACAUGUAACUAUACUUUAAAAACUGAAAAUUGUUAACUGUUAAAAGGUUACACUUUUGUUGAAGGGUUUUCCUUAAAGCUUGUUUCAUUCCUUUACUGACACAGAGUGGUGUAAUAUGACUGGUCAGCGGUUGGCCUACACUUCAGCCAUACCAGUGUUUCAAGAAUGGAUGGCGUACCAUUUAAGUAUGAAUUUUGCACUUUUUCUAGGGCACAUUAUAUUUGUACUAGGCAUUUUGUUGCAGAAGUAUAUACAAGAUCUACACGUAAAUAUGUAGAACAGAUACCCUACAGUAUCAUACAAUGUAAAUGUCUGUUAAAACUGUGCUCUCUGCUCUUUUGUUCAAAUGUGGGUAAGACUAAGAGCACCCAGUUGCAGCUGACACUGUUGGGAAUCAGACAAAACUGGAACAAUAUUCCCCUUUUGGAAAUAAAGUUCCACAUGUAGUGGUCAUUUUCACCUGGCA